GUUCUUUUUAUUUUGAACAAUAUAAGCUAGCAAGUCGUGCUGCAAAUUGUGUAGCAGCUUCGCCGUUUAGGGACUAUCCAUUUACUAUGUUUAUAAAUUUAGUUAGAGGAAGUGAAAGUAAACUCCAUUCGCGUGCAUUUCGUUCGCUUCACUUCCUCUCUACCAAAAAUGGGUUCGAAAGGACGGCCAAAAACACGUUGCAAAGUGUUAGAAAACGAUCGUGCAUCGCCAGUAGCCGGUGUGGUGCUGAAAGAUUUCGUAAUCAACAGCUGAUAGCCGGCAAUCGGUGGCUAAGAACAUCAUGCUGCCUUAAUGCAAGCAGUGGCAAAAUAGACGCCGACAAAAAUGUGACCUCGGAGCAGGUGGAUGAGACAGUUACGAAACAAUCGAAGCCGAAACUGCAAUCGUCUGAUGUGAAGCGGCUGCUGGGGUUUGCGAAAUCCGAGCAAUGGAACAUAACAGGUGGCAUUGGAUGUUUGAUAAUUUCGUCCGCAAUCACCAUGUCGGUCCCGUUCGGGUUAGGCAAAAUCCUUGACAUCAUCUACGCCAGCUCAGCUGAAACCGGCAUGGCAAAGGAAAAGCUGGACCAGUUCUGUUUACUUCUCGGUGGCAUCUUUCUGCUGGGUGGACUUGCGAAUUUUGGCCGCGUAUAUCUGUUCAGCAAUGCUUCUCUUCGAAUAACGAAAAACAUCCGUGCCAAGGUGUACAGUUCCAUGCUGAAUCAGGAGGCCGGUUGGUUCGAUCGGAAAGGCACGGGUGAGCUGGUGAAUCGGCUUUCCUCCGACACGUACCUGGUAGGCAACUCGCUCAGCAUGAACCUUUCCGAUGGGUUGCGAUCGUCGGCAAUGAUUUUGGCCGGAACCGGAAUGAUGAUUUACACCUCACCCCAUCUUGCACUGGUGGGAAUGUGUAUCGUGCCUUGCGUUGCUGGUGGAGCGGUUGUUUACGGACGAUAUGUGCGUAACAUUACUCGCGAGCUGAUGGACAAGUACGCGGACAUUAUGAAGAUUGGCGAGGAGCGUUUGGGCAAUGUAAAAACGGUGAAAGUGUUCUGCAAGGAACGGUUCGAGAAGCAGCUAUUUUCCGAACAACUGCUCGAUGCUCUUAAUAUCGGAUACCGGGAGACGAAAGCGCGGGCAACGUUUUAUGGAAUGACGGGUCUUUCGGGAAACAUUAUCAUCUUAUCGGUACUUUACUACGGUGGCACGAUGGUAAACAAUUCGGAAAUGACGAUAGGAGCAUUAACGUCCUUUAUACUGUACGCCGGCUACACUGCCAUCUCGAUAGGAGGGUUAAGCAAUUUCUACACCGAACUUAAUAAGGGUGUUGGUUCGGCAACCAGACUGUGGGAAAUUAUUGACCGGAAGUACACCAUUCCGAUUGAAGGAGGGAUAGAAGUAAUUAAACCACCAGAAGGCCAGAUUCAGUUCCGGGAUGUAGUUUUCCAUUAUCCAUCCCGACCGGAUGCAGCCAUCCUGAACGGCGUAAACUUGACAAUCGAACCGGGCACUUCAACAGCCGUUGUAGGACGCAGUGGUUCUGGCAAAUCUACCAUCGCUUCGUUAAUGUUAAGGCUUUAUGAUCCGCAACAAGGAUCAGUACGGUUAGAUGGCACCGAUCUGCGAGACUUGAACUCAUCCUCACUACGUCGUCAUAUCGGUGCAGUUAAUCAGGAACCGGUACUAUUCAGUGGCAGCAUUCGGGAAAACAUUCUGUACGGUUUGAAUAUGGGAGAAAAAAUAUCCGAAAGUAGCUUUCAGCGUGUCGUGCGGGAAGCGCACGUAGACGAGUUUGUACGAAACUUCCCCGACGGUCUCAAUACGCUCGUUGGACAACGGGGUGUCAUGUUAAGCGGUGGUCAGAAGCAACGUGUAGCCAUCGCACGUGCAAUCAUUCGGAACCCAAAAAUACUCAUUCUCGAUGAGGCAACUAGCGCACUGGAUGCGGUAUCGGAAGAAUUGAUACAGAACGCGCUGGAAAAGCUUACCAAAAACCGUACCGUACUAACGAUCGCACAUCGGCUCAGCACGAUCCGCAAUGCGACCAACAUUGCUGUGCUGCAGGACGGUCAAAUCGUGGAGCAUGGCAAUUACGCGGAACUGAUCGCUACCGAUGGAGGCGUGUUUAGGGAACUGGUACAAAGACAAACGUUUAGCUCCACUGCCGUUAGUUAGUAGGACACUUCUUUUUUUUCUUCCCAUCGAAUCGAUAACGAUAUCGUUUACGAUUAGAUUGUUUAUUUGCUACCUUUUUUGUUGUUGUUAUUGUCUCUUUUUUUACACAUUCUUUUCCAAUGCACGCGUUGGUACGAUGAAAGCGGGAGGGGGUCGGUUUUUUUGUUUAUUAUUUAUUUACUUUGAUUUUGUUCUAUUUUUCACACAGUGUUUAUAGGUAUUUUCUGCUCAUCAUGUAUUGAAUCGUUAGAUUAUGCGAAUAGUAACCCUGCUCCCACCUAUCGUAUCUAUCGUGUGUCGGAAAACAAAUGACACUAUUAGUUAAAUGGGGAAAGGUGAAAAUGGAAUAGUUAAAAAAUUAAAUUAUAAAAUUUAGUUUGAAUACUCUC